UCAGCGGUGCGAGGAUUGGGGCCAUGCCAGCCUGAUUAGAAAGGUUGGGGGACUGAGCUGGAUUCACCUGUCCUUGUCUCUGAUUGGCUCUUGGGCACUCCUAGCCCCCAAAUCCCACUAAGCAGCCCCCCCACCAGGGCCCGCACAAGUCUGCAGAGAGCCAUUUGAUCGCCAGUCCCAGGACCAGAAAGGCAGCAGGGGAGGCCAGAGGCUGGCCUGAGCCUGGCUCUUGGGACCCUCCUGUGUCCAGAAGAGCCGCCUGCCUACUCUGUGCCCUCAGCUGUUGCUGGAACAUGGGGGCCGGGGCCAGUGCCGAGGAGAAGCACUCCAGGGAGCUGGAGAAGAAGCUGAAAGAGGACGCGGAGAAGGAUGCUCGGACGGUGAAGCUGCUGCUGCUGGGUGCCGGUGAGUCCGGGAAGAGCACCAUCGUCAAGCAGAUGAAGAUUAUCCACCAGGACGGGUACUCUCUGGAAGAGUGCCUGGAGUUCAUCGCCAUCAUCUAUGGCAACACGCUACAGUCCAUCUUGGCCAUCGUGCGCGCCAUGACCACGCUCAACAUCCAGUACGGAGACUCUGCGCGCCAGGACGACGCCCGCAAGCUGAUGCACAUGGCAGACACCAUCGAGGAGGGCACGAUGCCCAAGGAGAUGUCGGACAUCAUCCAGCGGCUGUGGAAGGACUCGGGUAUCCAGGCCUGCUUCGAGCGCGCCUCCGAGUACCAGCUCAACGACUCGGCGGGCUACUACCUCUCGGACCUGGAGCGCCUGGUGACCCCGGGCUACGUGCCCACCGAGCAGGACGUGCUGCGCUCGCGAGUCAAGACCACCGGCAUCAUCGAGACACAGUUCUCCUUCAAGGACCUGAACUUCCGGAUGUUCGACGUGGGCGGGCAGCGCUCGGAGCGCAAGAAGUGGAUCCAUUGCUUCGAGGGCGUGACCUGCAUCAUCUUCAUCGCGGCGCUCAGCGCCUACGACAUGGUGCUGGUGGAGGACGACGAGGUGAACCGCAUGCACGAGAGCCUGCACCUGUUCAACAGCAUCUGUAACCACCGCUACUUCGCCACCACGUCCAUCGUGCUCUUCCUGAACAAGAAGGACGUCUUCUCCGAGAAGAUCAAGAAGGCCCACCUCAGCAUCUGCUUCCCGGACUACGACGGGCCCAACACCUACGAGGACGCGGGCAACUACAUCAAGGUGCAGUUCCUGGAGCUCAACAUGCGUCGCGACGUCAAGGAGAUCUACUCCCACAUGACCUGCGCCACCGACACGCAGAACGUCAAGUUCGUCUUCGACGCCGUCACCGACAUCAUCAUCAAGGAGAACCUCAAAGACUGCGGCCUCUUCUGAGGUGGGGUCCCCGCCGGCCGGGCUGCCGCCCGCCCCUCCACUGUAGUCCCCAGGCCCCCAGCUCCUCAGCCCACCCUGCCCUCAAACCCCAGCCUCCAGUACUUCCGGGCCGCACCCCCACACACAGGGCCUCCCCUCAACCAUCCGGGGUGUCACAGCUUCCGGGGCCACACAGCCUGAACGCAUUCAUUUGAAGCUCAGGGACGCUGACCCCUUCCCUUGUCUUCCCCGCAUGCCCCGGGACCCUGUAGGGACCCUGUAGCUCUAGCUGUCUUGUAGCCUCCUGCCCUCAGAACCCUCCCAGCCCCCCAGGACUGCUGGGCCCCAGCCUGCCGCCUGCAGGCCUC